CUGAAACCCAACCGGAGGUUGUGUGAAUGUCUUGUUUCGCUUCACACCGGUCUGCAUACCAGAGUAACGGUAGUGGUUUCCUCAGAUCCCUCAAUUGUCUCGGUUUGUUGACGUUUGCAGGAGUGCAGCAGUAGUUAGUAACGGGGCUGUGCCCCAUGUUCAGGCCGUGUGACAGUCAGCGACGCUAGCCAGCUAGCUUAAAUGGGUUUUGGAGUGAGAAGAUGAUCGCCUCACUCUCAAGAGGAAGUUUGAUGGAUGAGGUUCUCCACGGAGGCUUCAACGAGCAGCAGCUGGCAGCAUAUGUUUCCUGGGUGAACUCUCAGCUGAAGAGGAAACCAGGCUUGAAGCCCAUCACAGACCUCAGGCAUGAUCUGCAGGAUGGGGUGGUGCUCACACAGCUAAUAGAGAUAGUUGCUGGCGAGGUGCUGGAGGGAGUGUAUGUGGCUCCACAAAACAAAGAGGAAAGCAGGAAGAAUGUGGAGGAAGUCUUGCAUUUCAUUUCCUCCAGACACAUACGCAUGCCUCACAUAUCCGCAAGAGACAUAGUGGAGGGGAAUCUAAAAUCUGUAAUGAGAGUAAUUCUGGCAUUAGCAGCCCAUUUCAAACCCUCAGCCAAUCAAAGGACUUCUUCUGGGAGUGGGAAGAGGUUGACGAGAGGCCAUCCCAGUCACAACCCUCUCUCCGCUGUUGCUCUAGCUCAGGGUGCUGCUGCUACUCUGGCAUCAGCUCGACACGAUGCCUCACUGCCUGCACAUACCGCACGUAUCCAGAGUGCCUGUGAAUUGGACGGGGGAAAGAGUGUGUGUGUCCGUGCACUGGUUGAACAAUAUGAAAGAGGAGCCCCAGAUGAGCAGGACAACCCUCAGCAUAGCAGCCUCAGCUCCGUCAGUCCGCUGUCAUCACCAAGAACUCCACUGAGCAGCCACUCAGACAGACAGCAGCAAGAGCACCAUCAACAGGAGAGCAGUGCCGAGUCAGCUCACAGUGCAGUGGAGGUGGCAUGGGGGGAUUCUCUCAAUGAAACCUUCGAGAAGGAGGUGCAGGAGACCCGAAAAAUGGUGUCUGCAUUACAGGCUCUGCUGCUGCAUGGUUCACUGCCUGAGGAUGAGCAGGAUGCAUCUUUGACUUUGGACCAAGGCAACACUGAACAGCAACUGGUAGUCAUUCGCAGUCGUUUGGAUCAGAGUAUGGAGGAAGCUCAGGAGCUUAAGAGGGAACUGUUGCGCUGUAAGCAGGAAGCGAGGAACCUGCAGGGAAUCAAGGACGCUCAGCAGCAAAGGCUGUGCACUCAGGAGGCGUCAAUACUGCAGAUGAAGCAAGAACUUCUCAGAGCCAGCAUGACAAAAGAUGAACUCAACAACCAGAAUGCAGAGCUACAGUGGAAGCUAGAGGAAUGUAACAGGCUGUGGGCUGAAAGCAAGAAGGAGGUUGCACAGAAGGACAGAUUACUUCAGCAACUCAAACACAAGCUUGAUGAAAGCCAAAAGCUGCAGAAUGAACUACAAAGAGAGUUGGAGCAUAAAAACAGCAUGCUGCAGGAGCUGAUGACCAGAGAUCUGCAACAGAUUCCCACCUGUGCAGAAAACAAUGGCUAUUCCUACUCUGGGAAUCCAGCUCCUUCUAUGUCGGGCCAGGCAGAGGAAGUUCAGCUGCUCAGAGAUGCCCUUCGGAGUUUGAGGAACAACUUCAGAGACCACGACCCACAGCACCAUACACUGGACACCCUGGAGCAGGGCAUAGUAUCGCUCAUUGAUAGGCUGCAUGUUCUGCACACACAGAGGGGAAGGGGGAAAUCUCCGAGACGCAAAGGUCAACACGUGGACUUGGACUCCUGGCCUUCCACAACGAUUGGUCAAUCCCACAGUGGUUCUUCCUCAUCUACAAAAAUCCUUUAUUUUACUGGAAAAUCUCCAACGCCUUCAAUGAUCAAUAUACCGAAGAGGCUGGGUGAGGUGACUCUCAAGGAUGUUAAGGCAGCUGUUGAUCGAGAGGGAACCUAUAGGUACCACUUUAAAGCCCUGGACCCAGAGUUUGGCACUGUGAAAGAAGAGGUAUUCCUGGAUGAAGCAGUUGUUCCAGGUUGGGAAGGAAAAAUAGUGGCCUGGGUAGAAGAGGACUGUGGUGAGGAAAGGCCAUUGUAGGUUCAAGCUGAGGGGCUUUUGACACUUUUUACUCUGAUCGCAGCAAAGGCACAAGUGGACCGGACCUUUUAUCAAAAUACUGUACGAGCACAAGUUUGGGUUGAUCAGCUGGUGCCCAUAAUAGUGUAAAACUCAGUGCCUUACAAAGUAAAGCUAUUUGUGGACUCAGAAGUAAACAUUUGGAUGAACUGUCUCUAAAACCACAGUAGUGUUGUUGUUUCACCACAAGUAGCAACAUUUACAUUUGUCAGUGUUUAGUUUUCUUACUUGUUGCCUUCAAAACAAAUAGCACCAGAUUACAUUAUAGAUUCAUAUUGUCCACUGUUAUGUUGUCAGGUAGUCUUUCAUUAAUAAACAGUGUUAUAUACCAGAGAAAGAAAUAGGAAUAUAUAUAUGUAUAUAUAUAUAUUUUUUAGUGCCGUGGUUUGAGCUGUGCCUGACAGAAUAUACAGACAAGACACGGCUGCAUGUCUCUGUUUUUUAUUAGUUACAUAUGAUGGCAUGGCAGUUAAAAGGAUGACUGAUUUCUAACCUAAAACCAGAGGGUAGUUUUAAAGUCACUCUGUAGCUCGUCAGCGUGCUCAGACUAAAUUUCUGUUGGUAAAAAGAAUGAAACCGAAGCUUUUAUGCUCUUCAACUGCAGGCCAAUGGCACUGUUUUUGCGUAUGUAAAUUUGUGUCUUCACCAUGCCCUUAAAUAUUUAAAUUUUAUGCCUGCUGUUUAUUUAAAGAGAUUAUGAGGAUGUCUCUCCUCCAGUUGAGAAGACCCUCUGGAUGUGAAUUUUAUGUCAGAAGGUUCAAAGGAUCCUUGUUCUGCAACAUUUAGCCAUCUUUCUACUUACUGUGUGUGUGUGUGUGUGUGUGUGUGUGUGUGUGUGUGUGUGUGUGUGUGUGUGUGUGUGUGUGUGUGUGUGUGUGUGUGUGUGUGUGUGUGUGUGUGUGUGUGUUUGGGGACUUGAACUGGAUGUAUCAUAGAUUUUUGUUGCUCUUGUCUUGCUGUUUGGAAUAAAUGCCUAUACAAGCCAGUAGAAAUAUGCAAGAGUCUACUUAUUAAGUCCUGCUUGAAUGCCAUGACUGCCUGUACUGUAAAAUGUACAAUAUGCUGGUGAGAGGGUUAUUUAACACCUGGGUUGUUUACUGAAAGUUAUUUUAAGUGAAUACUGUCUGUUUAAAAGUUAACAGCCUUGAUUGUAUGUUAGGUUUUAUUUCAAAAAUAUCUGAGACUUUGUUUUUAAAAAGAUGUCAGUGUUCAAUUGUUUAUAGUGCACAUGCAUUAAAUUUUCAUGACUAUA